CCCCCCACCCGGUGGCUGGCUGCAGUGUUUGUCAUAAACCCGGACUCUUCCAUGUUAGUGGAUGGGACAUGGACCAAAUCAAGCAGGACAGCUUCAACGCUGCUCACAGCUUCAGUUGAGGAGGAUUCAGGUUUGAUGGGAACAGACACUGAAGUCGUUUCUAACACUCAGUUAAAUGAAGAAAUUCACAGUUUGUACAAAACACAAGUUACUUCUUUGUUUUAGGUUUAAUUUAACACCAUCUGGCUCAGCAUGCAGUUCAGUGGAAAGAGGAAGGAAGUCACAGACGAGAGCAGCAGCUACUAUGAGUGUAACUGCAGCAGCCAGUGGAUUUGUUGUCCUUCUUCUCACUGUGACAGUGGUACAGUGUGAGAAUGGCUGGGAUGUGAGUUACACUUCUACUGAGAUCUGUGCCGUCAGAGGAUCAACAGUGGACAUUACCUGUACCUACACAUACCCAUCCACAGUUAAUAACCAUGAUACUACAGUUCAGGAAACGUUCUGGUUCAUUAAAGAGAGUAAUGGGAUUCACGUUGAUCUAAGGACUGAUCCGGAGUAUUCAGGUCGUGUGGAGAAUCUCUGUGGAAACAACAAGUGCACUCUGAGAAUCUCUAACCUGAGAGAGAGCGACUCAGCUGUGUACAAGUUCAUGUUCACAACAAACCAACCUACUGGGAGUUUAACUGGUUCAGCUGGAGUCACUCUGUCUGUCACAGGUGUCCAGGCGCACAUUCCAAAAUCCUCAAGUUGCUGGUGGUAUGACUGUUCAAAGUCACGUGUGGAGUGUCAAACCAGUUGUUCUCCAACUCCCAGUCCGUCCUACAUCUGGUACAAGAAUGGAAAAAAGACACCGGGAGAACAAUCUUAUACAGCCUACUUUUAUUCAGCAGACAGUAUUUCCUGUGCUGUGAGAGGCCACGAGGAUUUCCCCUCUGCUCCAGUGUGUGUCGAUGGAAAUUCAUGCUACAGAGUGAAUUACAUCAACAGGAACAUCUGUGCCUUUAAAGGCUCCUCAGUGGACAUCUCUUGCAGUUACAACAGUCACUUUUAUUCUAUGACUAAGUCCUGGUUGGUUGCUGAGCGUGAGGAUGUGCAGCUGUAUCGUCCUCAAGCUGUGGACUUACUCAACGACCCAGAGUUCACAGCUCGUGUUCAGGUCCUUGAUCCAGAGCCAGGGCGCUCCACUCUGAGGAUAAUGAACCUGAGACUGAGCGAUUCAGCCCAGUAUCGCUUCACAUUCAAAUCACAGAGGUUUGAAUGGAACAGAAGUUUCCCUGGCACAACUCUGACUGUCACAGAUGUUCAGGUGAUCUGUUCUCCGAUUGGUCCAACACUGACUUGUCACAGCAGCUGUCUUCUCUCUGGUCGUCCCUCCUUUGUCUGGUACAAGAAUGGAACAGCAGUUCACGGGGAAACGUCUCCAACUUUCAGGGGAUUCCUUCACCCUGAAAACAACUACUCCUGUGCUUAUGAGCAUCACCACUCGUCCCCUGUGUAUGCUCCGAAGGUUCCUUUAGUGCAGCUGAGUCAACCUGGAGACAUUCUGAAGGACAGCUCGGUGUCUCUGACCUGCAGCAGUGAUGCUAACCCACCCCCUGCAUACACCUGGUACAAGGAGAACCAGACUUUGCUCAACAGAGCAGCUCAGCUGGUUUUCAGAUCCAUCAGGUUGUCUGACUCUGGAGAAUAUUACUGCACAGCUGAGAAUGAGCUGGGGAAGACAGCGUCUAAACGUGUCUUAAUGAAUGUGAAAUAUGCUCCACAGUCCUCCUCUGUGUCAGUGAGUCCCUCUGGUGAGAUCAUGGAGGGCAGCUCGGUGACUCUGACCUGCAGCAGUGAUGCUAACCCAGCAGCUAACUACACCUGGUACAAGGAGAACCGAGUUCUGCUUCAAGGACCAGAGGGUGUUUAUCGUCUCUCCUCCAUCAGCUCUGGGGACAGCGGGGUCUACUCCUGCAAGUCUGACAAUCAGUACGGACGGAUCAACUCCACGUCUCUACACUUAGACGUCCAGUAUGCUCCAAAGCCUCCCUCUGUGUCAGUGAGUCCCUCUGGUGAGAUCAUGGAGGGCAGCUCAGUGACUCUGACCUGCAGCAGUGAUUCUAACCCAGCAGCUAACUACACCUGGUACAAGGAGGACGAGGACUCACCAACAGCAUCAGGACAAAUCUUCACCAUCACUAAUAUCACAGCUGAACAUGGUGGAAAAUAUCAGUGUGAGGCCCAGAACACACAUGGACGUAGUAACACAACCUUACAUCUGACUGUUGGAGCAGGGAAGUCACUGAUAAUCAUGAAUAUCAUCAGGCUGACUCUGGUGGUCGUGCUGGUUCCAGUGCUUGUCUGGACUCUGUGGACGAGGAUGAAGAAAACUCUGAGCUUGAAAUCAGAAGUGAAUGAAGCUGUGGAGAUGAUAGAGUCACACAACUGUCUUGAGUAUGAGAACGUCGCUGCACAGAAAGAAGACACAGAGGAGCAGGAAGACCUGGUGUGAAGCAUCAGGUGCACUGUGAUUGGUUGAUGAAAGUAUUUAGGAAGGAACAGGAAGUAACUCUCUUUCCAUCCCCGGUUGCAGCAGCAGCAGCAGUUUGUACAGCAUGAGCUUUAGAUCAAGAGUAUUGUUGUGUUGUUUCUUUUCUUUUUCUUUUCUGAUGGGUCCAGUCGUCCAGUUUUCGCAGCUUUAUUUCUCUGAGCUUUAGUUCUGAUGUUGGUUUAUGUUGAAGGAAGAUUCUCAGAUCCCACGACCCUUUGUGGGUUGGUGUGUUGGGUUUUCCUUCUUUUGUUCAUUUUACCGGCCUGUUGUUGAAGUUGUUGUUUUUUCUGCUUUAAAUUGAUCUUUUUUUUGCUGUUACCCUCUGAACUAUGUUGGACGUCUUGGUGAUGAGCCUUUGAGGCUGUGGUAACACCACGUUACUCAUCUUGUGUCUUAUACAUGAUAUUAAUGUGGUUAUUACAUGGAUAAUGAAUUAUUAUGUAUCGUGAUUUUAUGAUUCUUUCUUAAAUAAAUGUUUUUGGUCUUUUGUUUUCA